AUGACGAAAUCACCGUUCUACACGCCCACCUCUUCCUGCAAACUGGACGGCACAACGCUCAUCAUACCUGCCGUUUCCAUCGGCUCGGUUCCUCAACUAGCGGUCGACUUGCUACUCCACGACGCUUCGCUCUCCCUGGUCAAAGUGGGUCGCAUCGACCCGAGCUUCUGCUUUCCCUUUGUGGGACCGUCUGAGACCGAAGAUGCUUACGACAUUACGACGUCAUUGGAAGUGUUCUGCAACGGAUCCGUAACAGUGAUCCAACAGCGUUCUCCCGUUUACAAAUCGCUCAACUCGAGCUACAUUUGCGCUCUGAUCGACUGGAUUACCACGUCGCACUUCAAAGAAGUGCUCUGGCUUACAUCGAUCGAUGCGGCUGCCAGGACAGACGACGAAUUCUGCACGCCCAUCCUCAGCCUCUUGCCUGCCAACUCGACACCUUCAACACGCAUCCUCGCAAGCCUACAAACCUCGUUCCCUCAGUUCAAUCCUCCCUCGAUCCAGUCGCUGCAAAUACCGACCAAGACGCACAUCGACGUACCGCAUAUCCCGGGAUCGCUACUCACCAGAAAGCUGCUUCACCACAUCUCGCAUUCAAGCGUCAAAGACUCGUUUGGCGCUCUCCUCUACUUUGCUGCUGAAGGAGACACGCGUCCAGACGCACACAAUCUUGCCACCCUCGUUGUUUCCCUCCUUUCAACUACCACAACACCACAACUGCUGCUCAAAGAGCCUCGGUCAUGGUCAGCUCUGUUUGGUCGACCGGCCGCUUCCGCAUUGUAUGCCUAA